AUGUCUGCUGCAGUCCGUAGGUUAAGAAAGGAAUAUGAAACUCUUAUCAACUCAAGCAUCAAAAAUGUGAUUAGAAAUGUAACAUAUGAUGAACCAAACUUCCUAACAUGGACCGGAUUCAUAGUUUUGGACGAACCUCCCUAUAAUAAGGGUGCUUUCAAAAUUGAAAUCACUUUUCCUGUUGAAUAUCCUUUCAAACCUCCUAAGGUGAUAUUUAAAACACGCAUAUAUCAUCCAAAUAUUGAUGAGAAAGGUCAAAUAUGCCUACCAAUAAUUAACCCGGAAAACUGGAAACCUGCUACUAAAGUAGAACACGUUAUUCAAGCACUUGUUGCAAUGCUUCACGCACCGGAAGUUGAACAUGCUCUACGUUCAGAUUUAGCUGAAGAAUAUGCUAAGGAUCAAAAGAAAUUCUUCAAAAAUGCUGAAGAGUUUACACGGAAAUAUGCGGAGAAAAUUCCAAAUUUGUAA